AUGUGUGAAGGAGCCUCCAGGAUUUCGGGCCCCAUCCCCCCGGACCCCACUCUCUUCCCAGACUGCUACAGGCGACCCGAGACGGCCCGGGGGAGGCUGGAAGGCACCCAGCUCAAGCUGGAUUUCCUGUCUGGGCCCCUGGCCCCAGACCCCACCUUAUACCCGACCUGUUACACUGCCCGGCCUGCCCAUCCUGCCCCCAGAAUCCGCCCCAACGCCCGGGAAAUCCUGGAUCGGGGCCAGAGUGGAAGCGUGGGGGUCCUGCUACGACUGGAGGGCAUCUCCCUCCACAGCCAGCCGCAGUCCUCCUCCCCAAGAAAGAGCAGGGACCACGGUAAAGAGAACGUACGCAGGAUGAGGGAGAUCCAGAAACGCUUCCGGGAGAAGGAGAUUGACCGGGAACAGGGGGCACCAAAGCCAGUCAAAGCUCUCUGGAAGUCCUCUAAAUAUGAGAAUGUGGAGUCCAAGGUGAAGGCUAAACUUCAAGAGCCUCCAUCAUCUCCCAACAGCAAUCCCGCCUGCUUCCUCAAAUCCCAUUCCCGCUGUGGUUUCUGGGGUACCACCUAAGAGACCCGGCUCACCAGGACCGAGCCGGCCUCCCAGUGCCAGGGACGCUAUGGAAGUCCAUGGCUCCAGCAUUGACUUUGUGUCCCACAAUGCUAGAAACGCUAAGAAGGUGCAGAUCAGGCGCUCCAGGUCCAUGCAAACAUUAAAUGAAGUUCUGGAAGACAAACAGCGGCAGCAGAAGGAGUACGACACCAAUCAGAAGGGGCAUGUUCCCCAGUAUCUUCUGGAUCUGAAGGAGCAGUGGCUAAAAGAGAAGGAGGAGAUGAAGAAGCAGGCUCCAGACCCCUCCAUGCCUCCUGGUCACACCAAGAUGCCAGAGCAAGAGAGGCUGGACACCCUCAAUAAACUGAAGGAGACUCAGGCCCAGCUGACCAAGGAGUUGCUGAUGCUCCCAGUCCGGGCAGAUACCCUCAGCAUCCAGAACCGGCGCACAGAGCUGGACAAAAAACUUUCUGAACUUGAGGAGGCCAUCAAAAUAUUUGCCCGUCCUAAGGUUUUCAUCAAGAUUGACACCUAA